AUUGGUUGUGAAGCCGUGACCGACAACACCUGCUUAACUCCUUCAUCCAAAUUGACACCCGGCGGGUUCCGAGAAAUAUAGGCAGCAUCCCUUCCAGCUCAUGCAUUCAGUCCUACAGCUGCGCUUUAAGAACACCAACGAGCUGCAGCUGGUCAGUGAUCGAAGGAGAAACCCUCACGCACGCUGCCGGAUCUCUGCUGGGAAACCGAGCGCACCUUCGGGGACGCAAUGCUGGUUAAACUGGCCGUGGCGCUGCUGGUUUUGUCAGUGUUGGAACAAGCAGUGGGAUCGGAUAAUUCUGAUAUUCAUGACAUCCCCCCAGAGAAACCCGCGAGCCAGAAAGGACGCCUCUCCCUGCAGAACACAGCUGAGAUCCAGCACUGCCUGGUGAGUGCAGGAGAUGUGGGCUGUGGUGUGUUUGAGUGCUUUGAGAAUAACUCCUGCGAAAUACGAGGCCUACAGGAAAUCUGCAUGACGUUCCUGCACAACGCUGGCAAAUUUGACUCUCAGGGGAAAUCAUUCAUCAAGGAUGCCCUGAAGUGUAUGGCGCAUGGGCUGAGACAUAAAUUCAGCUGUAUCAGCAGGAAGUGUGCGUCUAUCAAAGAGAUGGUGUUUCAGCUCCAGAGGGAAUGCUACAUCAAACACAACCUGUGCUCCGCCGCCAAGGAGAAUGUUGCCGUCAUGGUGGAGAUGAUACAUUUUCAAGAUCUCUUCCCAAAAGGUCCUUAUGUGGAGCUGGUGAACAUUCUCCUGAGCUGUGGGGAGGAGGUGAAGGAGGCGCUGACCCGAAGCGUCCGGCUACAGUGUGAGCAGAACUGGGGCGCCCUGUGUGACAGCCUGAGCCUCUGUUCCUCUCUCACUCCGCCCUCCACGGGCUCGGCCGCCGAUCACCGUCGCCCCGUCCCCUCCCACCCUGAGCCCGAGCACCCUCGCCCUCCACGGCAAGGUGACAAGGACAAAACGAGUAAGGCGGGCUUCGGCUCUCACCCACGCAAUCGCAGCCAGGGACCCCGUCGCCAGAGCCUAGAGACCGGAGUGGUGGCUGAACAGGAAGAUCCAGAGGCCACCGACAUCCGGAGGUGAAAAUGCAGGAGAAUGUCCACAACGCUGACCCCUACACACCUGCAGACUUGUGCACGUGUACACACACCCGCACACACACAUACACACACACACACACACACAUGCGCGCACACACAAAUUCCCAAACAGACUGAGCAGAAGGAAACAAGCCCGAACCUUUCCUUUCCUUAUUCUGCCCUCUCCAGUCAUUCCAGCAGUCCCAAAUGCGAAACUUGCAGGGUAAAUUGUGGUGUAGCUUGUACUGUUAUACCAGAUUAUAGGCCACAUUAGAGAAUAAAAAUGGAAUAAUAACAAAUAUCUUGAUUAUUUCAAUUGUUAGAACUAUUCUGGCUCCAGUAUAAUGUUGCUCAAAUCAUACUUACUGUAAGAUUUGAUUAUAUUUUUAUUAUUUAUUUUAUUCUUUAUGCAAUGUUGAGAUAUCAAACUGUACAUAGAAAUAUACUUAUCUAUAUUUAUAUCUACGUGUAUAAAUAUAGUUACAAUAUGCAAUGCUGAUAUAAAUGAAAUAGUACAUGGCGUGCUGUCUGUAGUUCUCCUCACACUAUUGCAGCCAUGACACACCGGCAUGUAGAUAUGUAACGUACACCAGUUGUUGUUUCAUAGUGGGAACGUGUAUUAUAAUUAUAGAUACUUGAUGAUUAAAUACAAAUUGUACAGGUUUCAAGUCCAGUUCUGGCACAUAUGAAUUGUAUUGCAUGAUGGCCGUGAAGCCAAUGAACGUGCAUUCUUACGGGAAAGAGAAUGCAUUUAUAAUACUAUGAAUAAGGGCAGUUAUUGUUGAAUGGUUUCAAUAAGCAUCUCACCAAGCUAGAAACAAGUGAGCCGAGACUGAUCUGUACCGUCCGUGGCCCGUGAGACACUGAUGGUAACUGUAUCAAAGCGAUUAGUGCUACUUUGACGUUGCAUUUGAGUGUCAAAUCAAUCUUAUAGGUCAUUAACAGAGCUUCACCUCGCAGUCUCCACAACGUUACAGAUGUCACUUUAGGAGGAACUGUCAAAAAAUAUUUUUAGGUCACCCCCUCCCUCCCCAAUUACUAUUAGAAAAUAGAAUGUGUUCAAUAGCAGCACAGUUUGUACUUAACAAAUAUAUAAAUGCAUCUGCUUUUUUUGUGUGUCCCCAUUUUUCUCAAGUUGGAGUAAAGAUUUGAGACUUGUUCUGUGCACACAAAAGGCUUAUUUUUCACACAUUUUGUUCAUAAAUGUGUGAAAAUGCACGUUAGUGAGCACUUUACAUUUGCCAUGGUAAUCUGUCCACAUGGCUUGAUUAAUUGAUUAAUCGUGGCCUCGCCCACUGGUGUCAGAGAUACAAAACAAGCUAAAGCUAACAGGCUAACCUUGGUUUGGGUGUUUUAUUAAAGCAUGUAAUUUUGCAGCAUGGUUACUGGUUUUCAUAACAGGUGGCUGAGGUGCAUGUAUUAAAAAUUCUGACUGGCAUAUUGCAUUAGUAACUGUGAACUAAAAGCCGACACAACCUCACGAAACUCUGGCUAUCAGAUAAUUUGUGCUAAUGCACAAAUUAAACAAUUCUGAAAUUUCACUCAACAGAAAUACUGGAGCACAGACAUCUAUGUAAAGAGGUGGCAUGCGAGCAAGACCGGGGGGGAUGAACGAAGCCAGAACAUACCCCCCAUCUCAGAGUUACAAAGCAAACUAAAGCUAAUAGGCUAACCUUGGCUCAGGUGUUUUGUUAAGACAUAUAUUUUUGCAGAGUGGACAGUGGUUUUCACAACAGGUGGCAGAGGUAUAGGCAUUAAAAACUCUGACCAGAAUUGUGCCUCAGUAACAGUGGACUAACAGUGAACAUAACCUCUUUCUACAUGCUAAUUUGUGCUAAUGGUGCUAAUGUACAAAUUAAAUAAUAUAGGAAUUUCACUCAACAGAAAUAUUGGAGCACAACAUUCUGUGUAAAGAGGUUGCGUGUGGACAAGAUUAGCAAGACAAAUGAAGCCAGAACAUGCCCCUCAUUUCAGAAUUACAAAACAAGCUAAAGCUAACAGGCUAACAUUGAUUCAGUUGUUUUAUUAACACAUGUUUUUGCAGACUGGGCAGUGGUUUUCAUAAUGGGCUGCUGAGGUGUGGACCAGUAUAUAGUAACUGGAUGAACAAUGGACAUAACCUCAUUAAACUCUCGCCAUCUGCUAAUACAUGCUAAUGGUGCUAAUGUACAAGUUAAAAAAAUGCUGAAAUUUUACUCAGAAAUACUAGAGCAUAGACUUCUUAGAUUGUCCAUUUGUGCAUUUGAUUCUACAGUAACCCUAUUAUCUCAGAUAUAUUCAUAAUAAAAUGCUGAGAAAGGAUAAACACAGUCGAGUCACAGCAGCUCAUGGGGCUCUGGAUGGCUCACUGGCACAUAUUAGUAGUGCAGUCAUCUCACUGUUUAAUCAGCAAAGGUGAAGUGCUCGAUAACACAGAUUUUAACAAAUUUGUGUACAAAAUCCAAAGGAAAUAAACAUUUUUUGACUUCAACUCUGGGAAAAAUGGGGGUGAAAACAAAAGUUUUGCAUUCAUAUUUGUGUGGAGAAUAGUUUCUUUUUUUCCCCCGAUACAGAUGUUUCUCAAUGUAAAAUCACAUCAAUGUGCCUAAACUCAUUGUCCGCAGUGACCGCUUCUCUGUGAUUUCUGUACAUGGAUGAUACUGUGUCAGGGUUGGGAAGGGGAGACGACGGGGGGUUUGUUCAAGCUUUUCCAUUCUUGUUGAGCCACAGAAGUCUUAGAUUUUUGCACUUUGGAUGAUUGACUGCUGCAGGGUUGAACAAUAAGAGCAGGUUACACUAGAAUUUACUGUAUAUGAUGUUUAAUUGCAGCCCCAUUAUCGUUUACAGCUCAAAGUCCUGUGUCACUCCUUAGUAGUUUCAAAUGUAAAGCCCUCUUUGGAUGAGCCAUUUUGAAUUUUCAGGGGCCCCGAGCCCACAUGCGCUACCUAAGUGGGCCCCUCUCACUCUUUGGCCCCUCACAUAGGUCAGGACUGAGAUGCAGGCUGUUAAUUUUACCUGCUUGAACUGCAAGCAAUUGCAGCCAGGACCCAGGAACUGGUUGAGUCCACGCGCUGGGGCUCUGGCGCUGUUUUUCUAAAUGUUAUAUUUACUGAGGCCACCAGAGAAUUCCUCUGGGCUGCAGCCAAGAGCCAGCAACUGAGAGAAACAGAGGAGUGUAGCAAGGAGGAGAGAAACGCUGUCUGUCUUCUUUCUUUAGGACGCAGACACAGGCAUUUGACCGUUGCAGGCCAGUCGCAUAUUUUGGCUAUGAAACUAUAUUUUGCAACCACGUCUCAUGUUGAGAAGCAAGAAAAAAGAAAAGAGAAAAAAAAAGGUGCUUGAAUUUUAUGGCUCUUUGGUUUUUCAUUUUGUUUGCUCUCGUGUACUCAAAAAUAAUGAUACAAAAAUAGUUUCCUUGCCUUUAUUUCACAGUCAUUUAGAGAGUAUUAUAAGCUACAUGGGUUGGACUUGGCAGUGAGGCCUUCGGCCUUUUUCUAUUCUAUCGUGGAAGUUGGGAUUCAUGUGACAUCCCAGCAUGAUUUACAUAAGCUAAUCCUAUUCAGAAUGUACUGUAUGUGUGUAAAGUGACAGUCUGUUCAGCUGUCGUUCGGUUUGAUAUGGCGUUUUGUUAUAAUGUAGUGGCUUGAACGGCUUUUUCUUCUUGUACAGAGGAAAUUGGACUAACCACGUUUCCUGUAUUGUUAGUGUUCAGUCACCACCAUUAAAGCACAAGGACUCUGGUUUCAAACACAGAUCAUGGUCUACAAGUUUGUCACUUAACCUGUUAGACAUCAGGCAUAUGAUCCUCUAAAUACCUUUGGUCUCAGAUGUAUCGUAUCAUUAAAAAAAUAUUUUUGCCUGUA